CAAUUAUCUGUAAGCAACUUUACUUGGUGUUUUUCUCCUAUGCCAGUGUGCGUUUGGUUCCCUUGAAUGCCUGAAGAUUCUUUGCAAACAUUUAUAGUCGGAUACUAGGAACUCUACAUUCUUCUGUCAUCUCUCAGGUCCCUAACAUGGAACACAUCGGGGAAAAAGGAAUUAACGGUUUACCUAUAGCUAGGUUCUAUUAUAUAUGCAAGUGUCGUCGGGUAUUUUAUGACCGAAAGGCUCCGGAACAGCAUUUUUUAUUAUCUAAGUGCAGAAAUGCACUUAAUAAGGCACCAUUAGAAGUGACUGCUAAGAAGCCUUCAAAACGCCUCGUGGAAAACAAAAGGAUUAGUUUGACGUCUGGAAAUAAAUUGUCUAAAUGCCAAAUUCUGCAGAGUGAUGGAGCCAAGCAGGAAGGAAUUCACGGUCGUCGUUUUCUGUGCAAGGCAUGUUGCAAAACCUUUACCAGCGCUUGGCGGAUGAAACAACAUUCAUUAGCAUAUUGUAAAAACAGACUCGUGAUGUGUAGAAAGUGCGGUAGGAUAUUUUUCGGUCCUGACGCUCUAAGUAAGCAUUGUGCAGAACACUUUAGAGACGUGUAUUAUAAGUGUGGGCUAUGUGGAGAGAAUCACGAAAAGAACUUCUGCAACAAAACCGCUAAGAGCAGAAAUGUGUAUGGAUUGCCAUCACACGGAAUCUCUCAAAAGGAAACUGAUCACCAGCAGCAAUAUAUAUAUGCAAAGUUAGGUAAGUCAAAUGAAUUGAUCGCGUCCAUCCUGGAACGAUCUGUGUUAAAGACUCCAUCCCUGAGUGAGACUGAAAAUCAUGAGCCCUUUCUGGAAGAGGCACUAAUGGGAAAAAAUCCCUCUUCGUGUCAGAUUGCUAAUUCAUGCAUCAGACAUGAAAGAGCACAGUAUGAUGAACUUAAAGAAAUUACAAUAGUUGCUGAUGAUCCAAUAACUACUGUGGAAACAUCCCUCAAGGAAUAUACUAUACUUAAUGAAGCAGAGAGAGAAAUUCUCUUGAUUUCAGAUAUUAAUGAUCAAUCUCACUCUUCUGAAGAUGCUGUUCCCCAAAAGUAUUUGAAUCUUGAGCUUCCUGCCAGCAUAUUUCAUUUAGGAAUCCGGUUAGAAGGCUGCAACCUGUAUAAUAUUUUUAUGGGUUUAGUCAUGGAUGAAAUGUCAAGCCCAGCUCAAGAUGGUAACACACAUAAGGUUAUGAAUGAAGUCGAUAACGUUUCUCUACGGAGUGAUCAAGAAGGUAUGUCAAUGGUUGACAGUGAACUAACCGAUGAAAAAUAUGAAACUGAAAUGUGCAAUGGGAAGGAAAGCCAUUUACAUGAAAAGAGCGACUAUUUGGACAUCAGCGAUGAGAGCCCUGAGGAUUACUACCUGGACAGCCUCGAAACAUUAAAAUUCUUAUAUGAAUAAAUUGUUCCAUUACUGAUGAAAGUCAGUGUGUUCCUUGAGAACGCCCUAUACAUUAACGUUUUGAGUUCUUAGAAAAUAUGCAUAUAAUCUACUUUAAUUAUUUUAGGUACAAGCUAUUGUAAAUUCAUUUUAUAUAACUUUAAAAAACUUUUUAUUUCCAUCUUGCAUUGGUUUUUUAAUGCUUAAAAUGCAUUUUUAGUUAUGUUCAAAGCAAUGGCUUAUGAAUAAGGAAGAAUUAUUUUCCAUUAAUAUAUCAUUAUAUGUUUUGUCUAUUUUAGAUAUUUAUCUAAUUUCUUUUGAUGGUCUUAUAAAAACUGCUUGAAUGUCAUUUAAGAUGUAUGAAAAACUAUUUUUGUUCCUGUUUCAUUUCAAUGUAAGAAUUGC